AGAGAGAGAGAGAGAGAGGAGAAUGUGCAGUGUUGUGUAGACCCUGUAGACAACCUUAAGAAGAUGGGAAGGAAUAUUUUUUUCCAAGAAACAUUCCAUUUAGCGUUUACCAGUUGACCAAAAUUACACCGUGUUUGAAGCACAAAAUUAAAGACCUUUACUACCACCAACUGGUUGUACGGACUUACAUGCACCAAAUCCAUUAACGAGAGAGAGAGAGAGAGAGAGAGAGAGGAAGAAAACAAUGGAUCAAGAAGAAAGGGGAGCUCCAAAUUACGAGCUGCAAGUUUCUUUCUCAAAUACUCCACAAGCGAUCCACGAGAUGGGAUUUGUACAAUUUGAAGAUAACCAGGUUCUAAGCUUCUUGGCUCCCUCACAGUCUUCUCAGAUGUCUCAACCGCCACUCAGCGGCGGCACCACCACCACCACCGCCUCCGCCACCACCGGUUCCGCGUCCAACACAAAUCCCACCACCAUGGGGUUCAGCCAUAACGACCUUGUUACUAGAUCUUCUUGGAACAAUGACCAGGUCGGAACAAUGGAUCCCAAGGCUGUCAAUGAAGAAAACUGUACCGGUAAUGCUAGCGAUGGCAACAAUUCAUGGUGGAGGAGCUCAAACUCAGAUAAGAGCAAGGUGAAGGUGAGAAGGAAGCUUAGAGAGCCAAGAUUCUGCUUCCAAACAAGGAGUGAUGUUGAUGUCCUUGAUGAUGGUUACAAAUGGAGGAAAUAUGGCCAGAAAGUAGUCAAGAAUAGCCUUCAUCCAAGAAGUUAUUACCGAUGUACCCACAACAACUGUCGGGUGAAGAAGAGAGUUGAACGGUUGUCGGAGGAUUGUCGAAUGGUGAUAACAACGUAUGAAGGAAGACACAACCACUCUCCAUGCGACGACUCCAAUUCAUCUGAACAUGAAUGCUUUACAUCUUUCUGAUGCCAUGCAUGCAUGCAUGCCCUGAUGAUCACCCUCACCCUCACUGAUCAGAUAAUGCAUGAUCACCUUGUGACACUACUACCUAUUUUGUCAAUAUGAUUUUCAGUGAU